GUGGGCAUGGAUGGAUGGAUGACUUUAACGGUUCGGAGCACGCAUUAGCGCUUUUAAUAGGGCCCGGAAAUGAUUGGCCGCAGGGCAAAGUCAAGCGAUCCAGCGAUGGCUCAUGGCGAGGCCUCGUCCAAGUCCUCGGCCGUCGGGGAUUUCCUCGAGAAUUUCCGAUUUCCAGUAGUUUUCCUGUUCUGGAUUCCGGUCGAAAAAUUAAAUGUCUCGUGAAUUCUUCUGCUGGCUGUCACUUCGAUGGUCAGCCUUCAUAAGCCCUCAUAAGUAAGAGUGAGUGAGUGCGUGCGUGCAGACAGUCCCACCGAAUGAGUAGUAAAUGGGACGAAGCAACACUUUCUGCUGGAUUCACUUAUUUGUCACUUAUUUCGCCGGUACUUGCAACUGCGGUCGAUGUGGUUCGUUAGUCUAGUCACGUCUCGUGCUCUUGCUCUUGCUCGUGCUCCUAAUGCUGCUGUUGUGUUGGGCAUGCAGACGAGAGCAUUAGCACCCGACAACUGCACAUGGAAAACCCCAGUGCGCAGGACGGAUGCAUCUCCACCCUAAACCUCGACACACUCCUCCUCCUCCUCCUCCUCCUCCUCAUCAGCAUCAUCAUCAUCAUUAUCAUUAUCAUCGUCUUCGUCCUUUGUCACAAAACAGCUGCUCCUACUCCUACUGCCACCACCAUCCCCACCCCCUUCUGUCCUGCUCCGGGCUCGAGACGUUCGAUUUUCUCAUAGCUUCCCUGCCCAGUUCCAGCUCCAUCAAAUCAAAUGCCCACAUUUUUAGCUCAGCCUAAUGGCUAAUGGCUAAUAGGCGAAUGGCUCAUGGCCAUGGUCGGAAGGAAGGAAGGAAGGAAGGAAGAUUGAUUAUGAUGAAUGGAGGAAUGUCAACAGAGAAAGACCGGCUUUGUCCACGCGCACCAAAAGAAAAGUGCCAACUGGAUCGAACCACAGUUCCGAAUCUUCCGAUCAUGAGCCUUAUCGCUCUACCACCCUCGUCGUCAGUCGGAAUGCAGUGAGUGCAAGCCGAAGCUCGGAGGGAGCCCUUUGCGGGAGGGAGGUGGAGUUCCAGAGCACCGAAGAUCAUUCACGGAAGCGAGCGAGCGAGCGAGCGAGCUUCGUACAGGGAAAGGAUAAAACGAGGGGAUGCGAUGGAGUUCGUUGCGUGUUGCUGUAGACAAAGAUCGAUCGAGAGAGCUCAGGUGUCAAUAAGUCCGCAAUCGACUGUAGAUGUGGAUGUAUGUUGUCCAGGUCCGGCGCACAGUGCUCCGCGGCGUUGUUACUCGCCUCGGUCCAGGGUAUAAUUACGUGUCCCUUGAUGGGUUUCUGCUCGGGCCACUGUGCAGGGGUAGAGUGAUAGAGUGAGUGAGUGAGUGAGUGGGUAGGCUUGAUGCAUGGCCUGCACUGUUAAAUUCAUCACAUGGGCUGCUUUCGCCACAGUCCCCCCCUUUCGAAACAGUGCCAAACCUCUCCUUCCUCCCUCCAGCUCCACCACGUUCAUCGCAUUCGGAACGUUUGCAUCCUGGUCAGAACUUGGAGCGACACCAUCAGUUCUGCUGAACCUGAAGGAAUGCCUGACCUUGCUCGAGAGAGAGAGAAAGGGGGAAUCUUUCGAACCACCGAGACCAAACCGAUCGUCUUGUCUGCUCUUGUGCGAUCUCACACUCUCUGCUCUGGUCCGAAAGGCUUCGUCGGUCGAGGUUGAAGCGAGCAUUCAUUCGCUCGAUCGAGAGGGAAAACGAGAGGGAAAGGACACAUAAAUACGCCAACUUGUUGUUGCGUUUUCCCCCAAAAAGUGGCUGUUGCUGUCGAGCUUUUUUUUCAAAUCCUCGGUCAUGCUCCGGUCCUCAUGAAAUACUGCUAUUGUCGUUGCUACUCUGGGACGGGUUCAUUCAUUGAGCUGUUUAGAUAAGACACGUUUCUUCCCCUCCGGCUAGCCCCCACUCCCCACUCUCCAUUCGCCACUCCGGCCUCUGCAGCAGUGCAAACUGUUUAGGACCAGAACGAAUCUGUCUCGUGAUCUCUCUCUCUCUCUCUCUCUCUCUCUCAUCGGCUCGUGAAUGAUGACGGACGGGUACUCCACACUCAAUCUGGUCUACAUACCUUUGGAUACGGUGUAUGAUGAUGGCCAGCCUCCUCUACUCCACUCUCAUGGAGCUCAGGGAUUGCUCUACCGUCACCGAAUGAAGGAGACCGUACCCCCACUGAGUGCCUAGGACCGUAUGGAGGUAUGAAGGGGGGCUUGUUUACAAGACAGCCUACAGCAAUGACUGUCACGAUUUAUUAAAUGCUAAUUUAAUCGAGCGCGUUGAGAAUUAGUCCAAAAAUACAGUAGGCCUAUCUGCGGGAGGUGUCCAGUGUCGGGGCUGCAGGAACAGCCCCUAAAGUUGGGGGCUGCGGUGGGGCUGG